AUGAAAGCAGCACAAUACUUCGGCCCCCACGACAUCCGUGUCGUUGACGUACCCACACCAGAACCUGAAGAGCAUGAAGCCCUCGUCGCCAUAGAAUGGUGCGGCAUAUGCGGCAGUGACCUACACGAAUACCUCCACGGCCCAACGUCCUGCCCACCCCCCUCACGCCCCCAUCCAGCAACGCACUCCCACAUCCCCGUGACCAUGGGCCACGAGUUCACUGGCCGCAUCAUCAGCGCCCCAGCCUCCUCAAAUCUCUCCUCAGGAACGCCCGUGAUCACCGACCCACGCAUAUUCUGCCGUUCCUGCUCGCGGUGUAAAUAUGGCCACACCCACGGCUGCACAACACUCGGCUUCAAAGGGCUCUCCGGCACCGGCGGCGGGUUCUCAGAAACCAUCGCCGUCGACGCUAGGAUGUGCCACGCUCUGCCUGAAGACGUGGAUCUGAGUCUUGCAGCGCUGAUCGAACCGCUUGCUGUCGCGUGGCACGCGAUUGCCACCGCUGGUCUGCAAGACUGGGGUGGGAAGAGCGUGCUCGUUGUUGGCGGUGGGCCGGUGGGCGUCACGGUUUGCAUUGUGUUGAGGGCUUUUGGGUGUGGGAAUAUUAUUGUGUCGGAGCCUACGACUGUGAGGGCUGCUCAGAAUGAAAAGGUUGCUGAUGUUGUCUUGAACCCCCUUCACGACUCCAUCGGGGAGAGGUGCCGCUCACUAACGGGUGGUGAGGGCGUAGAUGUAGUAUUCGACUGUGCGGGAAGUCAGAAGGGGUUUGAGGCGGGUAUGGAUGCGGUGAGAUAUCGAGGGUUGUAUAUGAAUAUUGCGGCGUGGUUUGGGUCGCCUAUGCAGAUUCCGUUCUUUCCGUUCUUACUGAAGGAGGUCACUAUCAAAUGCUGUCUCGCAUACAACGACGAGGAGUUCAAGGACGUUGUGGAAGCUUUUGUAGCCGGCAGGUUUAAAGGUCUCGAAACCAUGAUCACGAGCAAGAUCCACAUCGAUGAUAUUGUGGAAAAGGGAUUUGACGAAUCCGUCGCGAAUAGAGACCAGCAUGUCAAGAUUCUGGUUACGCCGCAUAAAGUGAAGGCCUAAUCAUUGCACGACAUUCCAGCCAAUUCGCACCUAGUAAUCUACCAUCUUACUGCACCAACCGAAGAGCGUAUUCCUAAGUCUCUACGAAUAUGACGUACUUACUCAUACCUACUGAC